AGAAAACACCCAAGUUUUUCAGCGGAUUGCUUCUCAGAUUGUCUAAAUGCCUUUUAAGUUUUGGAAAGAUCUAUGGAAUUUUCCUUUUAAUUUUCUUUAAAUUUCUGUUAUAUUUUUCUAUCCAACCAAACAAACCUCCUUUUUUUUUUUUCUCUUUUCUUUUUUUCUUUUUUUUUUAAAAAAUUCAAUAAAAAAAACUCGAUAAAAAAUGGUAGUGUUUAAAAAGAGUCAACGGAAAGUCUCGGUUUGGGUCUAAAUAAAAGUUCGGGUGGGCUAUAAAGUGACCCGAGGUAGAGCGAAAAAGAGCCCAGGCGGUGUGUCCGUACAUCUGUUGGUGCCUGGAUCUCUCUGUGAAAAUCUCGAGCUGGUUUCAGAUCUCGAACCCUCCAUGAAAUGGCUUCCAUCGACUCCAGUCCUCGCACCGUUGAAGACAUUUUCAAGGACUACAAAGCUCGACGCAGCGGCGUAGUUCAAGCUCUCACCUUCGAUGUCGACGAAUUCUACGCGCUAUGCGAUCCAGAGAAGGAGAAUUUGUGUUUGUACGGACAUCCGAAUGGGUCAUGGCAUGUGGCUAUGCCAGCGGAGGAAGUUCCGCCUGAGCUGCCGGAGCCGGCUUUAGGGAUUAAUUUUGCAAGAGAUGGGAUGAACCGGAGAGACUGGCUUGCGUUAGUUGCUGUGCAUAGUGAUUCUUGGUUGCUUUCUGUGGCAUUUUAUUUUGGUGCUAGCCUUAACCGUAACGACAGGAAGCGGCUAUUUAGCAUGAUAAACGAUCUGCCCACUGUCUUUGAAGCUGUAACCCAAGGAAAACUUGUCAAAGACAAACCCACUAUGGAUAGUGGAAGCAAAUCGAAGAGUAGCACGAAGAGAUCAAUUGAUGGCCAGGUGAGAAAUGACCUAAGGCCACGAGAUGAGGGCUAUGUGGAGGAUGACGAUGAACACAGUGAAACCCUUUGUGGUAGCUGUGGGGGAAAUUACAAUGCUGAUGAGUUCUGGAUCGGCUGUGACAUCUGUGAGAGGUGGUUCCAUGGAAAGUGCGUGAAGAUAACACCAGCCAAGGCUGAAAGUAUCAAGCAGUAUAAAUGCCCUUCUUGCAGCUUGAAGAAGGGCAGGCUGAACUAAAAAGGCUUCUGAAGGAGUUAACCUUCUUGUUUCAUACCCAUUUUCUUAGGAUUGCUGGCUUUUCAACAUCUUAAUGUUCACCAUAACAAAUGCUCUUUUUAAGGGAAUUGAAGUUCUGCUUCUUCCCCUACAAUGCCUGUCUCAGCACUUUUUCAUAUAAGACAGUGUUUGGUAUCAUCUCAUGAAA